AUUAUUAAAAAAUUUCCCAAGUUUUUUACGGUACUCCCAUACACACCUAGUGCAAUGGGUGCACUGGUCGCUGUCAUGUUUGACUGUUGAAACAUGCCACAAAUCUGUUUGCACUGCUGCUGUAGAAAAAUGUCGGACGUAAUGACUUUCCAAUAAAUGAGUGAACCGAGCGCAGAACUUGGAAUUCGUGUUUGCGAAUGUGCGCUGUGAUUAAUGCUCCAGCGAAAAGAUCCCUACAACUAGCCAGUCAUCGUGCGUGAUGCAUAAUUGUCCGUGCUAAAGGUGUUGCGGACGUACGUUAAGACAAACGGGCAGUCGGACGCAUGAGUUAGUGUAUCGUGUGAAGUUGAACCUGGCGCACUAUGCCAGUGUCUGUAAAUUUUGGAAAGCUUAAAAUAUUCAUUUGCUAAAGCGCAAUAGUUCGUUUCCAGAACCGAAGACAAAUAGCCUUCAGGCAGGGCGUUUCAAACGGGCAAUUGCGACCGAAAAAUCCUAAAAUGAUUCGAUUCUGUUGUACACUGAGAAAAUGAAAUAGUUCCACGUUUCACACAGUUUUGUAGAAGCCAACAACGAGUUCUAUAAAACGUUAAUUGCACAACGAAGUUUUAAGGACAUAAAGUAAAUAUAACAACCGUCUCAAGUGAAUACGCAAGGAAGUAAGAAACUUUGGAUUGCGCACACGUCUGCCGUAGCUUGCUAGACACCAUCGGUCAACGCGAUGGCGCAGACAUCAUUAUCCACAGAGUCGGGCUCGUUGCUCAAUACAUUCACCGAGUGUGUAUCGACCACAUCCGCGACGGUGGAUGACGAGAGUAGCGACAGCGUGGAACAGAACCGCCCGAAGCGUAAUGAGCGGUUCGAGAAGCUGGGUUUCAAGCCCCAGAAGGAACUGUUUUGCAACAAGUUCUUCCCGUACUCGGAGCGGCUGGACGAUGAAUCGCAAAUCCUGCUGGAAAACAUCAAGAACAAUCUGGGGAAGGCGGUCGCGAUGCGCGAAAUCGGUCCGGGAGCGAUGCUUAGCAUUCGAAAUCUGGUGACGUACAUCAAACUGUAUGGGAUGAAAUUUUCCAAAGAGGACCAUGUUAAGUUUGUCAAGCUGAUGCUCGAGAUGCUCGUCAUUCCCAAACUUGACUCGGAUGCUCUCAAUCGAAUUAGUGAGGCAAUUUACUAUCUGUUGAGAAAGCGCGAAUGGCUCAGCACCGAUGAUUUGCAGAUCGAGUGGCGACCACUGUAUGACCUAAUACACCUGGUGGUGUCUCAGCAGAACAAGAAAGGGGAGCUGUUCAGCGGCACGCCUACAAUGGAAGCUAAUAUACAAUGUGCGCUCGAUGUCUGUACACCGUACUUUCCGCCAUCGUCGACACAGGAAAUUCUGGACAAUCUGAUGCCGCUGAUUCAGCCGCUCGACAAUGGGAGUGGCUGCGAGGCGGUCACCAUACUGACCAUGUUUCUCAACUGCGAGCGGGGCUACGAGCUGUGGUUCGAUAAGCUGAUGUCAAUGUGGAACGCGUACCACAAUCCACCGUGGGCGGCCGAUCUGAUGACGACGUUCGCGAUGGUUGGCUUCAAGAACAUCGGUCACAUCGACUGGGAACCGUACAUUCCGGUGAUGUUUGCGCGCAUUACGCGCGCAAUCGACUUCCCGGUCAGCUACAAGAACAUCAAGGGAAACCGCACGAAUGGUCUGCAGCCGCAGGCGAUUGCCACGUGGAUCGUGUCGGCCCUUGGGCCGCAGAGCAGUACGCAGAAGUAUCUGAACACGUUCAUGUCGACGAUCGAAUCGUAUCUGCAUCCGGCCAACACGGGCAAGUGGGUGAUGAUGUUGGGCGAAAUCCUAAUGCUACUGCCACGGUUCUUCGUCGAGCGACUUGUCAUGGAACGGUACCGUAAGGGGCACCAUAUACGACCCAUCCCGGCCACGCACAAGCUAACGGAAGAGUGUAUAACGGCGUUCGUGGAGUGCAUGAAACCGGUUGCACUGCAGGCCAUGUAUUCGCGCUUGAGCCCGCAAGAGGUGGGCAAGAUAUUCCAGUAUCUGGCCGAUCUACGUCCGGCCCUGAUCAUUCCGACGAUCAUUGAGCGCGUUUGCACGAACCUGGAUUCGCUGACGGAACCGAACAAGUUGACCACGUCGAUCCACGGCUUGAUCGGAGUAUCGCGCGCCCUCGUUUCCGGCCAUAUGGGCUACACCGAGGGCCGAUCGCACGUCAUACCGAUCUUUUUCGCCACCCUGCCCGGCAUCGAUCGGAACGAUUUCACGAAGACGGUCAGCACGUUCUACUUCCUCACUUCGAUCGCGCUUCUCAUACCGAUCAUCGAUUGCUCGCGGGCCGGCCAGUAUCACACGAACCUGACCGACGACGAGCGGAUGCUGUGCGAGCAGACGGCCGAUUUCGAGAACUUUGUGCUGCAGUACUUCGACCGGCUGUUCCUGCUGAUUGAGAGCAGCUCGCUGAGCAGCGUGCGCAUGGAGCAGUCGGACGCGGAUACGGUUAGCUCGAAGGUGGAAGCGCUGUCGGAGGAUCUGGUGCAGGGCUGCACGCAUGGCAUCAUGGGCCAGUGCUCGGAACAGAUCGUGGCCGCCGCCUGGCGAAAGCUGCUGGAGUUUGUGCAGACACGAUUGCUCGAGCCGAAGGUGGCCGGCUCGCUGGCCGGUAGUCUGGUGCGUGUUUUCGCCCGCCUGCACGGCAAGGAGGUGCUGCGCGUCCUGAUGCCGCACGUGCUGCGCCAGAUCGAGGCGUACAUGGACGAGCACGAGAACGUGGAGGAGCUGGAAAAGCACAACGAUGAGCUGCUGUACUAUCUGGUGCUGCUGAUGAAUCUGGUGCGCGGCAACCCGGUGGUGUUGCGGGAGUACGUGGACGGCCUCCUCCCAACGCUCGACAAGCUGGUACGGUUCAAGUGCAAGCGGGUCUCUCGCUACGUGGCGCAGAUUGUGAGCAAUUUGCUGAAAACUCUGUCCACGUUGCAAACGACCGAUGUGCACAACAGCCCGGACGUGUUCCGUAAGCCCCUGUCGGAGGUGGUACCGGUGCGGUGCUGGGGUGAAAAGAUGGCCCCGGACGGUAAGAUUUGGUGGUGUGUCCCCGGUGAGGAAGCGCGGCUGGUGUGUGAACGCAUCAUACAUCGCUAUUUACCCGGAUUGUUGGAGGAACUAGAAAAGCACACUACGGGUGCGAUCACGCUCGGCCGCGAAGAGUUGAACCGUAGCGUGAUGCUGACGCUGGCACUUAUCCGCUGUCCUAACUUCUUGCCCAGCUGGACGGACGAGGAACCGAUUCCACUGUUUGAAACGUGCCUUGAUCUUAAAGAGCUGCAGCUAAGCGUGACGCUGGGCUUCGAGGGAUUGGAGAUUCAUAUGCCGGAUGGCAGCAACGUGCGCAAGGCAAUCAUCGGGACGAUCGGCCGGCUGCAGGAUAAGCUGAUGCAAGACUCGCAGGACGACACGCAAACGCUCAAGUCGAUCGUACAGCUGUACGAGACGGUCGUUCUGCGGAAGCACUCGAACGGGAACUUUGAGCUGCAGCUAAAGAACUUCAACUUUACCAAACGCUUCCAGACGUACCAGCUGACGCGGUGCAAGCGUGACGUGCGGGCGGUAGUCGCUACGCGCGUCAUGAUUCAGCAGGACUGCCGAGACGAGGUGAGCCAGCCACUGUUCAGCGCGACGCAUCUGGCGGUCAUGCACAAGCUGCUCGAUCUAUCCAUCUCCGACUACGCGUGCAUUCGCAUUACGGCGCAGUCGAAGCUGCUGGGCAUGCUGUCCACGUUCCCGUACGCCUACCACCUGCUGACGGAUCGCAUCGUAGAGUGUCUCGAGCUCGACGCCAACACGAACCACGAGCGUUUCAAGGGCAUCCUGUGUCUGCUCUACCUGAAGCGUCGCCCACGGUUGAUCAUGAUGAACGACUGGCAAUUUCUUUCGCGCAUUUGGCCCGCCCUCCUGCGCUCGAAGUGCUCGGAAAAGCCGUCUGUUGUAAAGCUGCUCGACGCGUUGCGGAACGUGAUUCACAGCGAAACACCGACCUACCUGCUGGAGGUGGAGAUCGGCGAGAAGGUGGUCGAGCGGGCACUUGCCCUGCGAACGCGCGUUGACGAGCUGGAUCUGGUGGCGGGACGGGCGACUCGGGAGCGCGCCAACAAACGCAACCUCGAGCUGUACCACAAGCUGGCCGGGGACAUUGUGUCGACGGUGGAGAACGAAAAGCUCCACUGGAUGUACCACUAUCUGGCCUCGGUGAUGCUAGCGAACAUUACCCAUCCGUAUACGGCGCACUCGACGGCCGUGGUUCGAUUGGCCGUGUACAACUUGAUUCACGAUUCGCUGGUCGAGCGUAAGCUGGCCAUCCAGCAGAUGCUGAACAUUUUCCGUCAACAGAAGCGCCAGCGUAAGAAGGUUCCGAUGAAUCCGAUGGAAAUUGCCGCUCGGGUCGGUGGCAAGCUGAACGACGAUGGGACCGUUCCCCCCAAUCCGUGUUCGAACCUGGCUCCCGGAUAUCGCGAGGACAACCUGUGGCUGCAGUACGAUCGGUCGAAGGUGCCCACGUGUCAGGCCGAAUGGGACGAGCCGCGCUACCUGUUCAGUCAGGAGGGAUGCUUUGGGUGGACGAAGGACUUUAAGGUGUACGCACCAAGUGCCGAGCAGCCCAAGCUCGAUCGUACGGUGGACGAGCUGAACGAGCACGAACGGGUGGUGUUCGAGUUUUUCGACCAGCAGGACAACGUGGACGCACUGAUACGAUACUGGUCGCUGGAGGAGAAGAAGGGCCGGGAUAAGUUUAGCUGCUCGCGUAUGUUGCUGAUCAAGAUGGUGUUCAAGGUGUUCGGGGAUCGGCUGCUCGAUCGGUUCAUGUCAUGCCAUCUGAAGCGGUUGAUCGAGGACAAAUCGUCGGAGAGCAGCCACCGUUGUGCGGCCGAGGUGAUGACGGGCAUUAUGCGUGGCGUGAAGCACUGGCCGUACGAGCAGACGCGCGCCAUGUACGAGCGGAUGGUGCCGUUGAUACGGCUCGCGGUACAAAACAUCACCGUCGACACGGACAUGUACUGGGGCACGUGCUUCGCGACGUCCGCCCAAUCGAUGGAUCCGAUGAAACAGCACUGGCUACACGAGGCCCUGCUGGACGAACCGCUGCAGGGGACGAACAGCUUCAGUGACUGCAACCGGCUGUACUGUCUGCAGGGUGCGCUGAAUCAGCACGUUUGGCGCAUGGCGAGUGUGGCCCACCGGCUGCUGGACUACCUGAAGCCGCACCUGAACCACUCGUUCCAGAGCUUACGCGAACGGUUGGGCAAUACGCUGAUCAACAUCUUCGAGGCUGACUUGCGAUUCGAGGGCUACGAAACGCUCGCCAUUUCCCCGCAGCGGGCGGAAAUGUUUGAAUACGUGAUGCCGCAAGUGGCGAUUCUGUUGCUGCAGGAUCCGGAAGUGCCGAAACCGAUCGGUGCGGCAAAGGCGACGAGCAGCACGGCCGCGAUGGAGGUCGACGAGGCGACAGGAGAAAGUACCAGCGAAGACAGCGAGUACGUUAAGGCGGUACGACUUUUUAAGACCGUUGCCCACUGGAUAACGCACACCAUCCACCGUUGUUCGAAUGGCAAUGAAAAGGAAUAUUUCGAGCUGCUUCCGAUCGCGUGCCGACUGGAGCGGUCCGAGCAGGACCAAGAAUUGAGCGACAUCUGCAAACGGUUGCUGACCUUCGUCUCACAAGCGCUCACACUGCCCGACUGUAUGGACGCGGCGCUGUCCAAGAUCGACGAAAUAUCGAAAAUGUCCUUCUGGUCGGCCCGCCAGGCCAUAAUCGAUGUGCUGCAGGUGCAGGUCUUCUACAACAUGCCCAUCAUCCUCAGCCGGCCGGAGUGGAAGGCGAAGGUGCAGGAGAUCGUGCUGCGCCUGCUGGAGGACAAUGUGGUCGAGGUGCGCGAGAAGGCGGCCGAGGUCCUGUGCGGGCUGGUGCACUGUUCGUUCCUGACCGCGUCCGAGGAGCUGCUGGACCUGUUCAAGCGCAAGUGUCGCACAAAAAUGAUCCGCACCAAGCGGUUCGCGGUCAAGCAGAGCCAGCAGAGCAGUUGUUCGGCCGAGGUAGCAAGAAAUGAAACAGCGGAAGCGAACGCCGUCAUCGCUCGCCACACCGGUGUCCUGGGACUGUGUGCCUUUAUUUCCGCCUAUCCGUAUGAAGUGCCUGAGUUCGUACCCAGUGUGUUCGAGCAUCUCGGAGCACAUCUGAACGAUCCACAACCGAUUCCGGCUACCAUCCGGAAAACGAUGGGCGAUUUCAAGCGCACCCAUCACGACAACUGGGAGGCGCAUCAGCUAAAGUUCACCGAAGAUCAGCUGGCUGUACUGAGUGACCUUACCAUUCCUCCCUCGUACUAUUCGUAAGCGCACUGGGGACCGCAUUCCUUCAUCCGUUCCGCUCGGUUCCGCUGGCACUGGCGCCGACACACAAGCCGGGUAGACGAAUAGGGGAGAGGACCGCGCCAAAUGCGUUUUCCUCUGUUCAGUUCUAUUGUUUGUUUAAAACCAUUUUUGUUAUUUCUGGAUCAUCAUUGCUAAAUGCAAUAGGUUGUGUUUAAAGUAUUUCUUCAUUCAAGCUUCUCUCCCUCAAUCCCGCGACAUUGCCAGGGGUGGGAGCAUCGGUUGAACCACACAACACCCGUUUGUGUACGUUUUCCAUAUCUUUAAGCUUCCAUCGUUCCGAGUCGCGAUGAUCAUUCUUCACUAGGAUAAAAUAAAGUGGUCCAGGUGUUACAACUAGUUAUAGACCAAUUGCGAUCGACAAGAUUUAGUUUUGCAGCUUUAGCGUUUACUCUUACACACACCGAGAAGAAGAGGAAAAAAAAAAGACAUUUUAGAAGCCAAACGGUCAAACAAGGGCAGGACGGCGUUUUACGGUUUUGGAUGGUGAAGGAGUUUCUGAAUUGUGUUCAAAUAAAAUUUCACUGAAUGAAACUGUGAAAGUUAUGUUUUUUUAAAUCGAAA